AUUAUUGUGUCUUUGAUUGACAGCUCUUUUACAUUCUCUUGCUUUAGACUGGUUCAGCGUGUACUGAUGUUACUUGGUAUUCGUAGUUUCUUCUACAAUGUUUUCUGUUUCUUGGACAAGACAUUGAGAUCAUGGUGGAUCACUGGCUGGCUGCCCUCCUGGUGCCCAACAUCACAGAGCCAACUGAAGGAGGCAGAAGAGAAGAUGUUGCAGUACAUCACAAGCAAGUUCUGCAGGCAGUUUGUCCACAUAUCUGACAAAAACUCACUGUGGACAUUGGCAUUUAAGGGGCCAAUGGAAAAUAAGACCCCUCUGGUGCUGCUGCAUGGAUUUGGGGGCGGUGUGGGACUCUGGGCGCUGAACCUGGACUCUCUCUCUCAGCAGAGGCCCGUUUACACCUUCGACCUGCUGGGCUUUGGUCAGAGCAGCAGACCUCACUUUAACACGGAUGCACAAGAGGCUGAGCUCCAGUUUGUGGAGUCCAUCGAACAGUGGAGGGAGAAGCUGGGCCUGGAAAGUAUGAUUAUGUUAGGCCAUAACCUAGGAGGAUAUCUGGCUGCAUCCUACGCAAUCACAUACCCAACCAGAGUAAAGCGCCUGAUUCUGGUGGAACCGUGGGGUUUUCCAGAGCGUCCUGACCCAGGAGACCAAGAUAGACCCAUUCCUGUGUGGAUCAAAGCUAUAGGGGCAAUGCUGACCCCAUUCAACCCUCUCGCUGGUCUGAGAUUGGCUGGACCUUUAGGCCCUACUCUUGUGCAGACUCUGAGACCAGACUUCAAAAAGAAAUUUGCAGCUGUGUUUAAUGACAACAGAGUGACAGAAUAUAUUUAUCAUCUUAAUGUCCAAAUUCCAAGCGGUGAAACAGCCUUUAAAAACAUGACCAUUCCGUAUGGCUGGGCAAAGAGGCCCAUGCUGCAGAGAAUUGGCCUGAUUCACAGCGACAUCCCCAUUACAGUGAUCUAUGGCUCACGCUCCAGCAUAGAUGGCCACUCCGGCAAUUCAAUCAAAGAAAUGAGGCGAAACUCCCAUGUAGAGAUUAUUGCCAUACGAGGUGCAGGACACUAUGUGUAUGCUGACCAGCCAGAGGAUUUCAACCAGAAGAUACUUCAUGUCUGUGAAACAAUAAGCUGAAGAGUGAUGAUGAAGGUACAUGCUAUCAGGAACUCUUCACACAUGGCUUUCUGCAGAACUGUGUAUCUCCACAUCAGCUUGUGAGCAGCAGAUUAUCUUCGUGGCAUCCUAAUUUUGAACCUGAGAGUUUGAAAGCCACUUGGUUUGAAAACCAUAUGUUUGUUUUGCACCACUACUGAUUUUUUUUAGGCAUUUUUGUGAGUUUGCAUGUCACGUAAUUAUGAUGAUAUACUGAUAUGAAAAAAUUCAAAUGUUUAUAUUUAAAAAAAAUUUGAUCUUUGAUUUUGAAGGUUUUUAGCAAAUAUUAGCUUUAUUUAAAUAGAACUUAAUAUAUACGUAUAAUCCACAGACAAAAUUCUCCAAAUCAGAGCUGUUAGGCAUUAAUUUAUCAUUUAAAAAAUCCCUUGUUAAUUGUUUUCAUUAUUAAUAUUUUUAUACACUUUUUCAUCUUUUGUGUUUCUAAACUAUCAUGAACGUUUUAUGAAUAUAGACAGCAAUGAUUGUGUUUUAGAGCUUUUAAAACCUUUUUGUUUGUUUUCUACCUCAUGAAACUAUAAAAUCGGAUUAGAAGGGAGACAGACAUGUGGAGCAACAGAAAGCAGAUGUGUUCUCUGGUCCUGCUGUUCACUUAAUGUGUAGCCUGAACAUUUGCAAAAUCUUUUUUAAGUGUCUCAGUUUCCAAAACAUUUAUACAUUUUGGCAUUUAAAAUCUUGCCCUGCAGGCUGGUGUUACAGUUUUCACAAAGGUUAUAUAAAGAUACUGAGCCCCAGGUCACAGCCUGUUAAGUAUUCAGGCAAAAUAAAUGCAAUGCAUGCUUUAGGACAAGUCAAUAUUCUGUAAAAGCAUUUAGUAAUAAAUGGGCAUUUGUUUGUAAGGAACAGUGAUUUUAAUGUCAAUAUAGUUUUAAAUUAAAUUGUGGAUGUCAUAAAGAGUUUGUAAAUAACAUUUGUUCGGAUUUAUAUUUUUUCAGUUUUGUCCAAUCUAUUUUUCAUGUGCCAACUCAAGAUGUCUAUUGUUAAUUUUAAUAAUAAUAAACUUAUUUUAUGAGUCUCUUGAAUACAGCUGCCCCCUGUCAUAAGGGCCGUAUGAAACACACUCGUCAUUGUGGCCAGACGGUUCCCUGGAGACCAGGUGGAA